UUCGGCGGAGGCGUCAAAGUUAUGCUAAAAUAUAUUGCUUAAUACAAAUAUUCGAUUAACAAGAUGCAUGCCAUUAAGGCCAACUAUAGAAUUGUUUUAUGGGCAGGAAAAUAUUAACAUUUUGCUCAACCAGUUUUUCAGUGUAUUUAAUCGAUUUUAUUUGAAGAACGUUAGUUCGCAUGUGUGCGUGUAUGUUCUCAAGUGUUGCUGACUUUACGCAUGGGAUGUAUGUGAGUGGGAGAGAAGCAAAAAAACAAAAAACGUGGAUCUUGUUCCAUUACUUAUAAGUUCCUAUAGGUUGUGUUCGCAAGCAUCUGCAAUAAUCAAUCAGAAAAAAAAGGAAGUUGAAGUUUAUUUCAUCCCCGCAGAAGUGAUAGUGCUGAUAAUUACCGUUUUUCGACGAUUUAAUACAGAAAAUUACCGAAUAAAGCAAGCGAGUUUGGAUUCUAGUCUUGAGAAGUCAUAAAUUGCAGAGAUUCCCCCGUAUUGGAAAACUCGGUAUGAGUAACAAUGCGGACAAACUACGGAAAAGUCGCAGUAGAACUGCUUCGGCUAACAGAUGGAUAGUAGAGCCAGUGGAUAUUGACGACCGAAGUUUUUUCCAAAGGAGAAACUCGACCAUGAGAGGUAUUGGGGACGAAUCAUCGAUACUCACAUCUAUGUCAUUCGCGUCGCUCCAAAUCCCAGAAUGUAAACCUGCAGAAGGUGAACACGAAAUAGACAGACGGUCCUUCGAGCAGUGGCGUGACAUUCUGGAGGCUUCAAUGAAGUUUUCCGGUAUCACUGAAGAGUCGACCAAAAUGAGCGUGUUCCGUAUGAAAGCAGGGUCCAAGCUGAUGGACGUGCUGGAAGCUACGGUGUCAGGUACGAAAGCUCCGGACGAAGAAACACUGCCGUAUUCUAACGUCAUGUAUCGGCUAAAGGAGUUCUACGGAUCACGAGACUACACUCUUCUGCAACGUCAAAAAUUACGUUCAAUGCGCCAGGAUCUGGCCGAGGGAGAUGUGAUGUUUGUAAAGCGAAUUACUUCCGUAGCCAAGCUAUGCGACUAUGGCACCGAGCAAUUGAUGGAGAGCGUUGCAGACGUCGUGCAGUCCCAAGCUCGACACGUGAAAGUUCGAGAAGCAGCAAGAAAGGUAAUGCGGAAAGGUGGAACAAUUGCAGAGUUGUUGGAUAAAGUGCGCUCCGCGGAGAUUGAACGGCAGAGCGAAGAAUUGUAUGCCAAGAUUCAUCAUCUAGCGCCAGCAGAUGUAGCCGCCGUUUCGUAUACAACGCCGUUUCGUGCACGUUCUCUUCAUAACACCGGGCACUCACCUAACUAUCGAGGAAGAGCGGAUAUACCCCGCUUACGAGGAGCACAGCGUGCGAGAAGUGGUCUGAACCGUUUCGACAGAGGACACGAUAGCCAACGCAUUCCAUGUUGGAGAUGUGGCAGUACUUUCCAUCGCCCGUACAACUGCCACGCAAUCGACAAAGUUUGUCGACGAUGUCAAAUUAAAGGCCACAUUGAACGCGUGUGUCACAGCGAAUCCUCAACACCAACAAAACGGAAUGCAGCUGGGAACUCCGAAUCGUUCCCCGAUUCGAAAAUCCGGAAGAUUGCUAACGUUACCGAAGCCGUGAUCGAGCAGGCGGACAAUAACGAUAAAAAGCCAGUAAGUGAGCAUAACUGAAUAGAACGCAUCAAGAACUUUUUUUUUCUGACAUUCGAUUUGAAUUCUUACUAUACCUUUCCUAUCCAUCAAACCAAUAAGCAAAUAAAUCUGAAAAUAUGCAUUGAACAAUCAGUUUUCAUUCAAAAAAACAAAAACAUUUACAA